AAACCUUUUCCGCUUUAACCGCAACUUUAACUUUUCUGCGCUGUUUUAUUUCAAAACAAACGCUAUUUAGUUCGGUAAUUAUUUUUCAAUUAAAAGGGUUUGAUUAGGUGAAAAACUACUUACAGCUCCAAGAUGAUGAGUUAUAGUUCUCGGCUAUCAACGCCACAUUAUGAGAGAAUAAAUAAAGAAGCUCAAAAAGUACCUAAUGAGUGGAAGAAGAAAGUCAAAUCAGAAUAUAUGAAACUCAGGCAACUAAAGAGAUUCCGCAGAAAUGAUGAAAUUAAAUCUGUCUAUCUUGCCAACCGACGUUAUAUCUCUGAAAAAGUAGUUUUGAUGGAAAAUUACAUCCAAGAAACCAAUGCUGUAUCAGUAUUUCCAACUGAUUUACCUGAGCAUUAUCCUGUUAUGAAGAAGUGUGAAGUGAAACUACCUGAUGGGUCUGUUCAGUCUACUCCACUACGUGUCAUGUAUGCCGUUACUCCAAUUCCUACGAUGUACACUUGGGCACCUAUUCAGCAAAACUUCAUGGUUGAAGACGAAACUGUUUUGCAUAACAUCCCUUACAUGGGAGAUGAAGUGUUAGAUCAGGAUGGUUCUUUCAUUGAAGAAUUGUUGAAGAACUAUGAUGGAAAAGUUCAUGGUGAUAAAGAGUGCGGUUUUAUCAAUGAUGACAUUUUUGUGGAUUUGGUACAGACAUUGGUCACCCAAUUAGAUGCUAAAAGCAUAAAAAGUGAGGUCGAAGAAAAUCCUGGAAAAAAUUCUCCUGGACGCAAUAAGAAACCCACCCGCACACCAUCAUGGACUGCACCAAGUACUUCACCUCAUGAAAAGCAACCUAUUCCUGAACAAUAUGACAUUAUAUUUGCUGCCAUAUCAGCUGUAUUUCCAGACAAGGGUGCUCCUGAACAACUUAAACAAAGAUAUCGUGAACUUGUGGAUAAAAAAGAUUCUAACUCAUCAUUGCCUGAAUGUACACCCAAUUUGGAUGGACCUGGCGCUCAGUCCGUUAUAAGAGAGCAGAGCAUGCAUUCCUUUCACACUUUGUUUUGUCGGAGAUGUUUCAAAUAUGAUUGUUUUCUACAUCCUUUUCAUCCAUCACCAAGUCAGUUCAAACAUAAAAAAUGUGAUAUGAAACCAGAUUCUCAGCCAUGUGGAUAUCAAUGUUAUCUUCAUUUGGAUAUGGUGCAGGAAAAACUUCGAGAAAAAUUGCGUGAGGAAAAAGAGCAGAAUGAGCGUCGCAAGAUGAUGAAACAAAUGUCUGUUGAUAGUGGUAAUGAAGCUAGCAGUGAAGAUAGUAAUGACAGCUUGAGGAGCUCGAGGAAAAGAAUCAUUCCUGAACGUGAAAAUAAUGAAGGAAACUUCAAUAUCCUUAACCACACCAUAUCAAGUAAAUCAAAUUUAAAGGAUCUUGAAACAACUUGGUCUGGAGCUGAACAAUCAUUGUUUAGAGUUCUAUGGAAAGUUUUUAUAGGCAAUUAUUGCGCUAUUGCCCAAAUGCUACGAGAUAAGACCUGUGCUCAGACUUAUGCUUUUGCUCAGAAAGAGCUUGCUGAUUACCACCCAGAAGAAAACACUUUAGAUAAUACACCACCUCGAAAGAAGAAGAAGAAACAGAGACUGUGGUCGAUGCAUUGCCGUAAAAUACAUUUUAAAAAGGACUCUUCUUCUAACCAUGUAUAUAAUUACACCCCAUGUGAUCAUCCUGGUCAACCUUGUGAUUUGUCAUGUCCAUGUGUUAUGGCUCAGAAUUUUUGUGAAAAAUUUUGCCAUUGUAGCUCUGAUUGCCAGCAAAGAUUUCCAGGCUGUCGGUGUAAAGCUCAGUGUAACACUAAACAAUGCCCUUGUUAUUUAGCCGUCAGAGAAUGUGACCCCGACUUAUGUCAGACUUGUGGCUCUGAUCAGUUUGAUGUUCGAAACAUAUCAUGUAGAAAUGUUUCUGUUCAGAGAGGAUUAAGAAAACAUCUUUUAAUGGCUCCAUCAGAUGUUGCUGGAUGGGGAAUAUUCUUGAAAGAUACUGCCCAAAAGAAUGAAUUUAUAUCUGAAUAUUGUGGAGAGAUAAUAUCUCAAGAUGAAGCAGACAGAAGAGGAAAAGUUUAUGACAAAUACAUGUGCUCCUUUUUGUUUAACUUAAAUAAUGACUUUGUGGUUGAUGCUACACGUAAAGGAAAUAAAAUACGUUUUGCUAACCACUCCAUCAAUCCUAACUGUUAUGCUAAAGUUAUGAUGGUAAAUGGUGACCACCGUAUUGGUAUAUUUGCUAAAAGAGCCAUCCAAACUGGGGAAGAACUUUUCUUUGAUUACAGGUAUGGUCCUACAGAACAGUUGAAAUUCGUGGGAAUAGAGAGAGAAUGUGAAUUUCAGUAACAUUUGAAGAAAUGCAUUGUGGAAGUUGAGUUUGAUAACUGCCUUGUUGUGUUGUAAUUUUUCAUCAUUCAUUGGCAAUUAAAAUAUGUACUGAAAUGUUCAUAAACUCUGUAGAAAACUCUUUGAGAAAGUUCUUGUGCAACUGUUCAUGGUAUAUAAAACAAAAGUUCAUGUGUUAAAAUGUAGGACUUCAACAAAUAAAAAGUUAUUCUUAAAACUAUUUCAUUUAAUGCAAAACAAAAGUUUGUUAAUAAUUCAAUGAAAUGUCAAACUUCAGUAAAAAGACUAAAGUUUGCAAAAAUCACUUUUGUUUAUUUUAUUAUUGUGCUGGUGGACUUUUUAAGAAACUCACUGUUUUUUAUUAUUGUUAACAAACUCUAAAUAAUAUUUGUAGUGAAGUCACUAUUGUAAUGUCAUUAAAUUGUAAAUAGAGUAAUGUUAUUGCUAUAAUUUAUAAUUUGACUGUGUUAGUUUUUUUACCUGUUGCUGUCGACAUAUCAUACUAUAAUCCGCUGACACUCUUUGUAACAACCUGAGCCAUCUAAACAAAAAAUGAGCAUAAUUGCUACUAUUUGUUAAUUUGUAAAGAGGAUUUAGACAUUUAUCAAAUCAGAUUUUUGUUGUAUGAGUUAUUGGAAAGGCUUCAUGUAAUGUGGUCAUAUUAAAAAACGCACCAUAGCUUCUAAUUCCAGCAGAUUUUUUUUAAAGGUUUUAUUUUAAUAUUUGAGAUGAUAGAUUGAUUUCUCAAUUACGAUUUUUAAUUUCACUACUACUUGGGAAAAUCAUUCUUUUAAAAAAGGCAGAAAUCGAGUGGUAUUAUUUUAACAGACACACAAACAGUCAAUACAUUUUUUAUAAUCAUUUUUGACGUUUAAACAAAAAAUAUUAGAAUUAGGAAACUGUGUAUUUACGUUAUAUCUUGGUGUAUAAUUCGGACACCUAAUUUUUUUAAGAUGGCAAAUUUCUGGUAUGUCAGGUGUGUAAGUCUACAAGCUGAAAAAAUCGGAAGGUGAAAAUUCUAAACUUUGAAAACUUAAUAAAAAUUUCUAACUCCACAAAAUUUUAAGUUAAUGUUAAAGUCAAAUGUUAUUUUAAGUUGAAAGUUAUUGUGUUUGCUAGUUAAAACAAUAGCUACAAUGCCUCAAGGAAAUUUGGCAUAGGUGUAAAGCUUGUGAGAGAUUA